AUGUCCGACGUGACCGUGACGACAGCCAUGAUUGCGGCGGGGGCGGUUCUGGUGCGGGGCGUGGUCGCGGCCACAACCCCCCAUCCAAACGGGACGUCCCGUGUAGUUGCGGCCGAGACCGGGGUGGCGAUGAUCGCACUCGAAAUUGGCGUGACGAGGGCUAUGGCGGUCGCAGCCGCAAGCCUCCUGCACGUGCCGACUGGUCUCGGCAGUGGCCCACCCCUGCCGGCCCCAGCACUUGCUACUCAAUCCGUGGACUCGAGUGUGGCUCUGCUAACGUCUGGCACCGAUGGUAUGGUCGCGUCAGACUUCCGGGUCAAUUUAUACCCCCCCCAAGACCAUUGGGAUCUGCCUCCGCAACCCGUCCUGGACGACGAGCUGAAGUUGCCUCAAUUGGCUCGAACGCUGCCUUGAGUGCUUCGUGGUGCGCCUCCCAACACGCCUAUACGCAUACGAUUUUGACUUGCCUCCGGAUUGUGUCGACGCAUCUGUGAAGCAUCCUCCGUUCCAUGUUGUUUUGGGCUCGAACAAAUUUGAUCUCAAGGUCGUGCUUACCA